GACCCCGCUCGCUUGUCCAGGGCGUCCGUGCGGACGCAGAGAAAAGGGAUUUUCGCCGAAGCCAUGCGGAGACUGCAGGAGGUCUUUGACAUUGAGGCCCUGCCCCAUGAUGUCCUGCCUCACAGGAAACCACCCCAGUUUAUGGUAGAUCUUUUCAAUAAGGUGGCAGAUUCCAACGGGAUCACGAAGGCCCCAGGGCUGCUGGAGGGCAACGUGGUGCGGAGCCUUGAAGACCGAGGUAAGCCACAGAGAGGGAGAUGGGGGAGAGGCUGGAUAAGUGGGACGAGACAAAGCUAGGGAAGCAAAUUCACCCCAGUAUAACUCCACUGAAGCUAAUGGGUUUGUGGGGAGAGCAGGGCUGUACUUAGUGAAUGUGGGGUGGAGGGUGGGGCAUUCUGAAUUCAAAAUAAACACAGGUCUGAUUCUUUUUUUUUUUUUUUUAAUUCUUUUAAAAUAUCCCAUGCACAGAAAAUUUAAUUUGCUCCAUUUUAUUAGAUGCCUGGCUCUUGCAUGGUUAUAUGCUUUUGGUUUGCUCUGAAGACCUAUUUUUAAUUCUAUUUUCACUUCAGUGUCCUAUGUCUAUCACUGUUUUAACACACACAUUUGAGUAGUUCUUUCUGUUACUGCAGGUGACAUAUUGCCAUUUCCUGGAAAAUCAGAGUAUUCUUUCUGUGUCUUGUAUGUUGGACUGGUUAUUAAUAAUCCUGUUGUUUUUUUUCUAGAUUAUUUUGAUCAGUCUUAUUUCUACUUCAACAUCUCUUCGGUUGGGAGGAAUGAACAAAUGCUAAAAGCUGAGCUCAGAGUUUUCAAGCUAAAUAAAAACCAUGUGCCUCAAAAAUCUUUUUGGCAACAUUUUCUCAAAGUGGAUGUGUAUGAGCUUUUGGACAGAGGAAGUAAGCUGCAGAGAAGAAAUCUCAUUUCAUCCAGACUACUGUCUUUGUAUACCGAAGGCUGGGAGGUGUUCAAUGUCACGCAGACAGUUUCCAAAUGGGUGGGACACAGCAGCACUAACCAUGGCUUUUUGAUCACUACAACUCAUCUAUCUAAAACCAAAAUGGAAUCCAACUUCGUCAAGUUUGCCAAGAGCCAGCACAAUAUGCGAGACAGUAGGAAUGCUUUCUUGGUCCUCUUCACCAAUAAUGACAGACAGAAAUCUUCCAGCUUCCUACCCUCUUCCACCGAAUUCCAGCCAUCCUCGCCUGAAGAUGAUACUUCAUCACACCUACCUCACCAAAAUGAGGUCUUUGCAAAUAUCAGAGUGAACAAAAGCAGAAGAAUUCGGGAUACCUCUUCCUUCUCCCACAAAGACAAAAUUGUGCCAUGCCAGCUCAAUGAUCUCUUCGUCGACUUCCAUAAAAUUGGUUGGGCGGGGUGGAUCAUUUCCCCACGUGGCUACAAGGCUUAUUAUUGCAAAGGGGCCUGCCUGUUCCCCUUAGGGGAAAGUCUAAGAGCGACCAACCAUGCUACCGUCCAGUCCAUAGUGCAUACGCUGAAACUGACCAAAGACGUCAGCACGCCGUGCUGUGUCCCAGACAAACUGAGUUCCAUCAGUAUUAUGUACUUUGACGACAAUGAGAAUGUUGUCCUUAAGAAUUAUAAAGACAUGGUGGCCACAAGCUGUGGUUGUCAUUAACAAGAGCCCAUUCUGCCUGCAACUGACUCGCAUCUGGACUCAGUGCACCCGUUCUCCACAGCCCCAGUGGUGCUGGAACAACUUCUAUAGUGAGGGUGCUGAAGGCGGAUACCAUGUAUUUGGCUUGUUACUGCUACGUCAAGCCAGGGGGAUGAUAGCACCCCUAGUUCCAGCACCUGUUCACAGCUCUUGUGAUGUUCAGAUUAAUAACAUGUCAGAUAAGGGGGGAGCCAGCCAGUCAGCUUUGAAAAGGCUCCACCUCCAGGCUCCACCUCCAGGCUCCACCCAUGGGACAGCAGCUGAGAGGAGAAUGCUGCCAAGUUCUACAGACCUGCUGACUUUUCAAAGGGUCCCAUGCUGCCUGGCCUGUGGUGACAAUGCAGGGAAGGUGUGGGGGGUGUUUCUGUAUAUACAGACCAGUGGGACAGAGCAGAACUUGGUUUAAUCAGGGCUAUAACGUAAAACCCUGAGCAUUUUAGGCAGAACCAUUGUUAGAAAACACCUCUGUUUGGUUAGAGUCUCGUUGUUGGAGCAGGGAGCCAGGAUUCUUGGCUUCUCUCCCAGCUCUGGGAGGCAGAGACUGGGAGCCAGGACUCCUGGGUUCCAUCCCUAGCUGUGGGAGGGGAGUUGCGUCUAGUUGUUAGAGCGGGGAAAGGGGAGUCUGGAAGUCAGAACUUCUGGGUUCUAUUCCCUGCUUGGAAUAGGGGGCAUUCUCUGCAGCUGGUUCUCAGGCCAGGCCAGGCCCACUCCCAGUCUGCAUAUUUGUCCAUUUCCCAAGGAGCUGGGCCUCUGUAGACUGCUCCUCUAUGGUUAGUGUCCUUCACAGCCACUAUGACACUAAACUAUAGAGACCCCCAAAAGUCCUCCAGGACACUAACAGCACAUUCCUCCCCCAGCCCAGGAGAUCUGGCGACUAUGCUUUAGGCAGGGGCUCUAUGGUCAAGUGUGUCUGUGGGCGGAUUCAGAGAGUGGGCUGGAACCUGGAGGUGGGAAGGGAAAAGGGAGGAGCUAGGGCAAGGGAACCAGGCAUGGGGGUGGGAAGAGAGAGAUUUUAUGCAAAUGAAAUAAUACAUAUUUAUCAAAUAUGGCAUUGCUCUAUUUGCAUAGGCUCCAGAUUUGCAGGCCUACAGUCCUAUAGGGCAGGUCCCACCCAAGUACCAAGGGGUCCCCGACAGUGCUGGACAGAUAGUGGAAGAGCCGUUCCUCAGCCUUGAUCCAACGCCUGCCUGGGACACCAGCUCCCGCAUGGGCAGUUGCCCAGCACGGCCCAUUACUCUCCCCUGACACCUACCGUUUCUGAAGCAAGAGGGAGACAGACCAUGGUGCUCAGGCUGCAGGAACAACUUUUUCUGCUGUGUGUACAUGGCAAAUAUCUGCCAUGUCUUGGUGCCUUUUUCCACUCUGUCACAUGCUCUGGACCUGUGUAUGUUAAAGGUCAACAAUGCAGGACAGACAUUAGAAAUAGCAAAACACAUUGUUAAGCAAUAUUGUAGUUUCUUCAAGUUCAGCAGUAACUUUCUGGAGACGUCUGCUGCAGGGAGCUGGAGAAAAUAUUUAUACUGUAAGGAACUAUCUUUAUUUCUGUAAAUAGCAACUUCUGCAAUUAGCAAAUUGCCAAAUUGUUUUUACUGUAUUAAACGAAUGUGUGGAAUAUUUUUAAUUAAUCUGUAAUAGAGUAAUUUAAUUUCCCGAUACAAUUAUGAAAUACGUCUUCAAUGUAUGUUAUUGCAAUGUUAUUACAUUGGUCAGUUUCCCUUCUAAGGCCUGGUCCAAUGCUCAUUGAAAACAAUGGACACAUUCCCAUUGCCUUCAGUGGGUGCUGAAUCAGGCCCUAAACUCCCAUGGCAAAAUUGA